CCUAAACACAUGGAAAAAGAGAAAAACAAAGAGAACGGUGGCCAACUCCACUACGACAUUGAUAUAUGUAUCAGAUGUAUCAUUUGUUCCCACUGGAUCAUACUGUCUUCUCGGAUACCUUCCAACCAAAACACAUUAGCAAAACAACAAGAGUCUCUCUCUUUCUCUCUACUCGUGUUGUAUACUAUAUAUAUAUUUGACGGUGUAAUCUAACUUCCACUGUCUUUCGAUAUUCUCUCUUUCAUGGCUCCUCUGCCUUUAAUACCGAACCAAACCCAAUCGCAAACGCGUUUAUCUUCUUCAGACCCAAAGAAGAAGAAGAGCAGAAAGAAGCAAACUCCUCUCCCUCAGACACAAACACAAACGCAAACUCUGAAGAAAAAGACGGUACAGUCAUCAUCGUCGUCAUGGAGCCAGAUAAAGAACCUUUUGAGUUGCAAACAAAUAGAAGGGCCACGAGUGCACGAACCAUCAAAGAUUACGUCAUCAUCUUGCGGCUCUUCUCUAUGUAAGUUUAGUGAUGUUAGUUACGGUAACGCCCGCGUGAUUCAUCGCUCAGAUCACUCGCCGGAGAGUAGCAAUCUGGGUCAGGAUGCCGGACUGUUGACCCGAAAACCUGUCACCCGUGGAUCUUCUUCAACGGUUAUAUCUAACGGUUGUGGAGCUUACACGUCAUAUUCCUCUUCCAAAGCCAUGCAAUUCAGAAAACUCUCUGGUUGCUAUGAGUGCCACAUGAUUGUUGAUCCAAGCAGGUAUCCAGUUUCACCAAGAAUAUGUGCAUGUCCACAAUGUGAGGAGAUUUUCCCUAAGCUUGAAACUCUAGAGCAUCAUCAAGCAGUUCGUCAUGCCGUGUCGGAGUUGGGGCCAGAGGAUUCAGGACGAAACAUAGUGGACAUCAUCUUCAAAUCUAGCUGGUUACGUAAGGACAGUCCAAUCUACAACAUCGAGCGGAUAUUAAAAGUCCACAACACUCAGCGCACGAUCCAACGGUUUGAGGAUUGUCGGGACGCGGUCAAAUCCCAGGUACAUGCCUCUACCAGAAAAGAGCCUCGUUCAGCAGCCGACGGCAACGAGCUACUCCGUUUCCAGUGCACCACCGUUUCUUGCUCGCUCGGCUCCCGCGGUUCAACAUCUCUAUGCUCCAACUUUCCUGGCUGCCGUGUCUGCACCAUUAUCCGCCACGGCUUCCACGCCAAAACGCUGCGUUUAGGCGGUGGGGCCAAUGAGAUAAAGGGAGUGAGGACCACGGCGAGCAGCGGAAGAGCACACGAUGCAUCGAGGUGCUUUGACCAGAGGAGAGCGAUGCUUGUCUGUCGUGUGAUUGCCGGAAGAGUGAGGCGCGUGCAGAGCGAUGCACAGGAAGAUGAAAAUGGUUCUGGCUCGUAUGAUUCUGUUGCGGGGCCCGCGGGGGUCUACACAAACCUCGAUGACUUGGUUGUGUUUAAUCCCAAAGCUAUACUUCCCUGCUUCGUAGUAAUCUACAAAGUUUCCGAGCCUUAAAAAAGAAAUUGCACUUUGGAAUGAUUGGAUUUGUAAGACCAUGUCCAUUGGUAAGAACCUUUGAUGGGUUCUAAUUACUACUUUAAUUGUAAAUUUUGAAAUUUA